GGUACAGGUUGGUUUUCUUGAGGACCGCGCGCGCGUUCGUCCAUUUUGAGCUGCAAAAUAUGCCUCUUCCUCCCCUUUUACAAGCGAGACUAGCGAAGAGAGGAAUUCUACAGGAAUCAGAGAAAGAAUCUCCCGAUGAAGAAAUCAUAGCAGCAGACUAUGGCGAGACUAUCAGUACCCCUACCAAAGGUAAGGUGGACGGCUGCCCCAAUGUGAACAACCCCUACCACACCUGUGUGGAGUACUGCAGGACACGCUGGGGCGCCACCAAUCAGGAUGCACCGGUACUGCAGCAGGGCCAUCAUCACAACACACUGCCACCGAACUGGGUCAAAGUUUGGGACGACAAAAAUCAGCACCACUAUUACUGGAAUGCAGAGACAGACCAGGUGUCAUGGUUACCUCCUACAGACCCUGCUGCAAAGAUAACAGUCCCUGCAGCAUGGCUCGCAGGCACAUCAGCUGAAAAGUCGGACAGCGAAGGAGAGGGAGACGACGAUGAUGAUGAUGAUGAUAACGAUGAUGAUGACCAAGAUGACGAUCUAACAGACGACAGUGAAGACAACGACGUCCAUGACAGUGCGGACACAAAGCGUAGAAGAGAGCCAAUCGGAAAGCCCCGUUACAUGGAAUCCCGUCAACAGAGAAGACCGGCGCCAUAUCAGAGAGGUGGAGGGGGUAGAGAACGACAUAGAGGGUCAGGAGGGCGAGACAAAGAUGAGCUGGACCCCAUGGACCCUGCGUCCUACUCAGAUGCACCAAGAGGAACGUGGUCAUCUGGACUGCCCAAGGCAAACGAGGCAAAAACCGGCGUAGAUUCCACGGUCUCCGGGCCGCUCUUCCAGCAGAGACCGUACCCGAGUCCUGGGGCUGUCUUGGCCGCAAAUCGUGCUGCAGCUGCCGCGAAAAAAUAGACUUCUUCUUCUUACUACUGUGAUCAGUAGUAACAGUUACAAAUUACUUUCAAUUGGUAGUACAUGUAGUAGUAGUAGUUGUAGAAUCGAUUAUUUGAAAACCUGAACUUUAUGCCUGAGGCUCUACUACCGGUAGAUGCAAACCUCAAGUUGAAUUUCACAAGUCUUUGAAAAUGAUGCAGUUUUACUUUAUACAAUCAUGUACUAUUAUGGUGAUCUUUACUUCUGUCAUGUUAUAACUUUCAUUAUCUUAUACUACAGACAGAAUAAGAUUUUCCAAGGUCUCAAUGCCUCAGUCUCCACAUUUGAGGAUGAUUUUAGUUUAGGAAGAAACUUGCACAGUUUGUAUGUAUGUCAUCAUGUCUUCAGGCUUUAGUGACAAUUAGUCAUUCAACUUGUCUCCUUUAUACUACAAUUCAGUUACUGUUUCAUUAGAAAGCAGGAAAAUAUUGUCACAGGGACUUUCUGCUCAAAUAGAAUAUACCU